AUGGAAAUACCGAUUGCUGUUCGUAAAGUAGUAGUUCAAUUAAGAGAAGAUGGAAAUUCUCUCAGAAAUAUUGCUCAAACAAUAAAAAACUCGCACUCCACUGUACAAUAUAUUAUAAACCGAUACAACGAAACUAGUUCUUUUGAAGAUCGAAAACGUACUGGUCGUUCCCAAAAAUUAAAAUUAAAUCAGUUGUGAUAGAACCAAAAACCAGAACACCUAAACUGGCAGGUAUGAUUGACACUGACUAUAAUAUAAAAGUUGUUCCACUGACCAUUCGUAAUGUUAUAAGAAACGCAAGAUAUAAAAGUUGUGUAGCUAGGAAAACCCUUUUAUCAGUAAAAUAAAUAAUAAGAAACGUUUAGAUUUUGCGAAGGCACACAUUAAUAAGGGAAAUGAUUUUUGGAAAUCUGUAUUAUUCAGUGAUGAAAACAAGUUUAACAUUUUUGGUUCAGAUGGGCGAGUUAUGGUGUGGAGAAAACCCAAUAAGCAGAUGGAUUGCAAACAUUUGUGCCCAACAGUAAAACAUGGAGGUGGUAAUGUAUUAGUUUGGGGCUGUAUGAGCGCUACUGGUGUUGGUAAUUUGGUAUUUAUCAAUGGAAUUUGCAUGCCAGUGCUGAAAAACUAA